ACCAUCGCCACUGCCAUUCAUAUCCUAACGCACGCCAGCUUCGCCGACAAAUAAAAUAGCACCGCCGUGUUAGACACAAGCUACACAGACGUCAGAGGAGCCUUGUGUACACUUUCCCUUGUCGCUUGCUGGUUUCGUGUGUUUAGGUUAUAAUCAAGAUGUCAGUUGACAAUGGCUAUUUGCACCAGAAAGACAUACAUUAUUCCACAAAAGCCAUUCACGUCGGUUCUGAACCAGAACAAUGGAAUUCUAUGUCUGUAGUUCCACCUAUCUCCCUGUCUACCACUUUUAAACAGGAAGGUCCAGCUCAAUUCAAGCAAUACGAGUACUCUCGCAGUGGGAACCCUAACCGUACUUGCCUGCAGCGUUGCUUAGCGGCUCUGGAUGAUGCCAAGCAUGGGCUGUGCUUCUCCUCUGGUCUUGGGGCUACUACUGCCCUCGUCAGUUUGCUGCAGGCUGGUGACCACAUUCUCAGCGUUGACGACAUCUACGGUGGCACUGGCAGGUAUUUCCGACAUAUUGCUGCAAGAUUCAACAUCGCAACUUCAUUUGUGUGUGCUUUGGAUCCAGAAAAGUUCUGUUCUCAAAUCCAGCCCAAUACUAAGAUGAUCUGGAUGGAAAGUCCAACUAACCCGUUGAUGAAGAUCUUUGACAUUCCCCGGCUGGUUAGCCUUGUCAAAGCCCAAAACAAAGACAUUAUAUUUUUGGUUGACAACACUUUCCUCACAUCUUACUAUCAGAAACCGCUGGCACUGGGGGCUGAUAUCGUCUUGUAUUCAGUUACCAAGUACAUCAAUGGUCACUCGGAUGUAGUCAUGGGGGCCAUCACGCUCAAUAACGAUGAUCUCUACAAUCGUCUCAAAUUUAAUCAGAAUGCCACCGGUAUCGUGCCAUCCCCAUUUGAUUGUUAUCUGGUCUUACGAAGUCUCAAGACCCUCAAGAUCAGGAUGGACCAACACAUGAAGAGUUCCUUGGCUGUUGCAGAAUUCUUGGAGUCUCAUCCUUUAGUUGAGGUAGUCUUGCAUCCAGGUCUGCGAUCUCAUCCCCAACACGAGGUAGCUAAACGUAUCUGGUCCGGCUGCAGUGGGAUGCUGUCCUUCUAUAUUAAGGGAGGCUUGGCUGAGACCACAGCGUUCCUCAAGGCUCUCAAGGUCAUCACACUCGCAGAGAGUUUAGGUGGUUACGAGAGUCUUGUCGAUCAUCCGGAACUGAUGACUCACGCCUCAGUCCCUGAAGACGUACGGAAGAAACUCGGAAUCACAAGUAACCUUGUUCGUCUCUCAGUAGGACUGGAGUCUGUGGAAGAUCUGAUAAGUGAUCUUGAUCAGGCAUUGAAGUCUAUGAGGAGCAAUGAGAAAUAAUCAACACUAAACUGGUACAACAUAAUACACAUUCCUGUUACAAAACACUACGACCAAUCUGGGCACAGGCAGAUUCAUUGUGUUCAUCUUUCAUGUGUUUCUGUGAUAUUUUCUAAGAGAAGAGUUAGCAGAAGCAGAGUUAGAAAUUGAGCUGAUUAGUUAGAUUUAGUAUAAAAUUACAAUAUACCAUUUUAUAAGAUCUGCUAAAAAUGUGAUGCAGGAAAACACACUUUAUUACUCCUUUUUACAAAUUCAACACAGAGACAGUAUACUACAGUAUUCUUUUGUGAUCUGAGAUGCAAAUAAAUUUAGCAUAACUUGGUAACUAGUCAAGUAUUUAGUGAUAAUACAUUGAAUCUUGGAAUUGAAAUUUGAAUGUACUAAGUAGAAACAUUUUAUAAAAUUGGAUUUAUGUUUAGUCUUUGUUGCUUUUAAACUGAGGUAUAUAUAUGUUGAAAAUAAUUAUUUAUGGUUUUAAUCCUUUGGAUGUAGAAUUAAAAUACUCUAGUGGUCUCGUUAAUUAAGUUUUUGUUUGAUCUGGAUUGUUUUCUCAUAAAGUCUAUUUUACUCUUAAUUAUAAUUUAUCUUACCAAAUAAAUGAAAUGUUAUUGUUAA